AUGACUACGUUAAACCACACUGGUGUUAGCCACACGGUCUUCCAUUUGCUGGGCAUCCCUGGACUAGAGGACCAGCAUAUGUGGAUUUCUAUCCCCUUCAUUUCCUAUGUCACUGCCCUACUUGGGAACAGUCUGCUCAUCUUCAUUAUCCUCACAAAGCGCAGCCUCCAUGAGCCCAUGUACCUCUUCCUCUGCAUGCUGGCAACAACAGACCUUGUCCUCUCCACAUGCAUAGUUCCUCAGGCCUUGGCACUGUUCUGGUUCCAAGCUGGGGAGAUCUCCCUGGAUCGCUGCAUCACUCAGGUCUUCUUCCUCACUUCCACUUUCAUGUCUGAGUCAGGGAUCUUGCUGGUGAUGGCGUUUGACCGUUACAUUGCCAUCUGCUACCCACUGAGGUACACCACUAUUCUUACACACACACUGAUUGAAAGAAUUGGCCUUUUUAUCUUUCUGAGAAGUUUUACUACAGUUUUUCCUGCAACAUUUCUUCUGAAAAGAUUGACUUUCUGCAAAAGUAAUAAACUCCCAAACACUGCCUGUAAGUACAUUGUCUUAGCCAAAAUUUCCUGUGAUGACAUCCGGGUAAAUAUCUGGUAUGGGUUUUUUGUGCUAAUGUCAACCUUGGUCUUGGAUGUUUUGCUAAUUUUUAUUUCUUAUGUGCUGAUUCUCCAUGCUGUCUUCCACAUGCCUUCCCAAGAGGCUCGCCACAAAGCUUUCAAUACUUGCGGCUCCCAUGGCUGUGUCAUCAUCCUCUUUUAUGGGCCUGGGAUCUUCUCAGUCCUCACUCAGCGGUUUGGACGCCACAUCGCACUCUAUGUCCACGUCCUGCUGGCCAAUGUCCAUGUUCUCAUUCCACCUAUGUUAAAUCCUAUUAUUUAUGGAAUUAACACAAAACAGGUUCAGGACCAGGUGGUUCAUAUGUUCUUUCCAAAGCAGAAAUGA